UGGAGAGUGGACGCUGUGUUUUCUAAUAAUCUUCCUCCUCCUGUAAUAAAGUGUGAUCUACAAUAGGGAGUAAAGAUUUGGAAGAAGUAUAGAGGUGCUAAGUAGCGUGGACCUAAUGUUGAGGAACCUAUUGAAUGGGAAGUCUAAGGAUUUUUGGUCCUUGGGUAUAAAGGCACCUUGCUGAAGCUAAGCAGGUUUGGAUUUGGUCUGUGACUACCCUGGAACCACAUGUGUGCUAUUUGGCAGAUGAAAGGUGGUGGUACUCCAAAGGGAAAAAAUUCCCAGAAGUGGAGCAAUCGUAACAUCAAUCCAUCUUGCCGUAUUCCUGGUGGUUGAGACUGUGCUGUGAGUGUUGCUGUUUUAUCAAGUGUACAGAAGUAUCCCAUAUAGCACGCCUCUGGAGCAAGUUACUUGUGUCCGUCAUGGCUUUUCCAGAGCCAAAACUCAAGAAGCCUGAAUUGCCAAAGAAACUGCUGGGCACACUGGAAUGCAAACAGGGAGCUGUCAGGGCAGUGAGGUUUAAUGCGGAUGGAAAUUAUUGUCUCACCUGUGGCAGUGACAAGUCACUCAAGCUCUGGAACCCCCACAAAGGCACCCUCCUUAAGACUUACAGUGGCCAUGGUUAUGAGGUCCUGGAUGCAGCAGGAUCGUUUGAUAACAGCCAGCUUUGUUCAUGUGGAGCGGACAAGACAGUAGUGCUGUGGGAUGUUGCCACAGGGCAGGUGGUUCGCAAGUUCCGUGGCCAUGCAGGGAAGGUAAACUGCGUCCAGUUCAAUGAGGAGGCAACUGUGAUUCUUUCAGGUUCUAUUGACUCCAGUGUCCGCUGCUGGGACUGCCGGUCACGCAGACCAGAUCCUAUCCAGAUCCUGGAUGAGGCCAAGGAUGGCAUUUCCAGUCUAAAGGUGUCAGACCAUGAAAUCCUUACAGGUUCUGUGGAUGGGCGUGUCCGGCGCUAUGACCUACGUGCUGGGGAGCUCUACUCUGACUACAUUGGAAGUCCCAUUAGCUGUGUGUGUUUCAGCAAAGAUGGACAAUGUACAUUGGCUGCUAGCUUGGAUUCUACUCUGCGCUUGCUGGACAAAGAUACAGGCGAACUACUUGGAGAAUAUUCUGGCCACAAGAAUGUGACCUAUAAGAUGGACUGCUGCAUGAGUGAGAGAGACACUCAUGUUGGGAGCUGCUCUGAGGAUGGGAAGGUGUAUUUCUGGGACUUGAUUGAGGGGUCCCUUACCCUGAGCUUGCCUGUGGGCAACACUGCAGUCCAGUCUCUGUCCUUCCACCUAACUGAGGCUUGCUUGCUCACUGCUACAGAGGGCCUUGUGCAGCUUUGGAGGGAAGAGUCUUACGUGGCUGAGGAAGGGGCAUCUGCCUGAUAGUCACUGCCAUCAUCUGAGCAGAGGAUCAGAGCUGCAGGGAGAUGGAACCCUCUUGACAAACCUCUUUUCAGAAGCACAGUACUGUUUUCGCUGCCUUCAGGAAAGAGUGCGACAUUGCAGUAGCAAUAACCAUAACUGGGACUUGGAGUCUUCAGUGGGACCACUCUGCCCAUAUGCUGUCUAGAAAGCAGAAGGACCUCAUCUUCUGGAACUGCCUCGAGCUGGUAGAAUCGAAAAGGCUUCUCUGUGGGGUAACACUUUGCAAUUCAGUAUUACAAAUAUCAGUUCUCAUAGAACAUUUAUCCUGCUGAUAGGAUUUAUUCUCAGGUAAUGCUAUGAAGGAGUGAACGUCUUUUAGCCCUACCUAUUACAUGAGUACAAUUAAAAUGGUGCAUACAUUG